GUCAGUAGGACAAGCAACAGGCUGUGAGUGUUGUCAACAAACUGGAGCGGGCUACCUAGCGGAUUCUAAACAUGGCCGAGGUAAAUGUGUGUAGAAUUAACGUAGAAUACAUUAUACAGUUUGUUCUAAUUCGCAUUUUCUCUCUUUGUUGAUGCAUAUUCUUGUUUGUUUAUUUGAUGUUAUAAUUCCUAAGUUUUUAUAAUAAUAAUGUCUGAGCAGUGUCGAUGUUAUGUAUAACGUAUCUUCACUUGUCAAUACAUCAUACAUCAGUUUACAGUAUGUAUAUAUCAGUAUCUAUCAAUGCUAUACGUAUAUAUAUAUAUAUAUACAUACAUACAUACAUACAUACAUACAUACAUACAUACAUACAUACAUACAUACAUACAUACAUACAUACAUACAUAAUAUAUAUAUAUAUAUUUAUAUAUAUAUAUACAUACAUAUAUUUGUAUAUAUAUAUAUAUUUAUAUAUAUAUACAUACAUAUAUUUAUAUAUAUAUACACGAUUUUUAUUUAUAUGUAUUAUGAAAAUGUAAUUUUAUAUAUAUAUAUAUAUAAAUAUAUAUAUUUAUAUUUAUAUAUAUAUAUAUAUAAUUAUAUAUGUACGUAUAUGUUUAUAUCUUAUUAUAUUUAUAUAUUAUUGAUAUAGAUGGACAAAUAUAAAUGGACACAAACGGUCCAUUCAUUAGAUUAAACUUCAUAUUGACAGAGGGCUCAGAUUUACAAGAGGAAUCAAACUAUAACUUUGUGACAUCACAACAUUUUAAUUUUCUCAAUGUGAAAAAAAAAUAUUGUUUAAGAAUAAUAAUAUGUUCGUUCAAAACAGAAUACAUUUUUUACUUUGUAAUAAAAGAGCCUGACAUUAUGGUCCCUAUUCUUCACUAAUGUCAUUAUUUCUAAGACACCUCAAUGGGUUAACUUAAAUAUGCAAUCUUAGCAUAUUUUUAACACUCCUAAACUCGAAUAAUCAUACUAGUGUGCUAAAUAUGUAUUAUAGGAAUCAGAAUGAUCAAUACAUUGAUCAUGGGCCCCCAGAAUAUAGAAGAAGUGUUAUUUUAAUGACGUGCUUACCCCAUAGAGCAACUGCCCGUAAUGCGUUCAAGAGAUCCAUAUGCUCAUGUCGCCUACAUGUCCACAGCCGGCGAUGAUCAAAUCAGUUUCGGCUCUCGCCCUGCUGGGUCUCGCCUCCGGCUGUGGUUUGACCUUGGCGUCCCUGGUCAGCUCCACGUGGAUGACCUUGGAGGACGGGACACGGGUUGGUCUGUUCUCAACGUGCAUCGCCAACCACUGCGACCGCAUCAACUUCACACAAGGCGACACGGGCGCAGGUAGGGUAGAAUUGUACUGCAAUAGGUUUAACACUAAUUGUAAAGCUCUGCCUGGUGCGUUUUCAUCUUGUCAUUUUAUAGAAAGAAAUCAAAAACAAUACAUAAAAUACAAGACCUAUUACGUGGAUUCAAUGAUUAAAUGUCCCAUGCCAUUGAUGUGAAUAUUUUCCCAAGAUCAUCAACGUUAUUAGUCCUUUACUUUAAAAAAAAAGAAAUAAACCUUAUUAAUGACAUUUCUUUAUUCGUUUUUGUGACUAAAAAGAAUAAUGAGAAGAAUAUUAAGGCUUACUCUGCAAUUUAUCACUUAAUAACUUUAUAUGUGAUCAACUUUAUUCCUUAUAAAACUUCCGAGUGUGAUACUCUUCUUCAGUGUUUCCAAAAUAUUUCAAUUUUAUAGUGAAGUUUAAAAAAAAAGAUAGUUUUAACUGAACUUGUAUUUUUCAAGAAACGGCACUAAAAUACCUGAGUUAAAAAAUAUUAUAUACUAGCAAAAUUACCCGGUGUUAACCCCAAGAAAAAGAGAAUGAAAAGAAAGUUCUUCUUGAGAAUAUCACUAGGUGCAUGCAGGUCACUUGCUCGAGACAAUGACGCCAAUUAAAGAUCACCCUAUCUGUGUUUUUUUUUUAUUUCACGAUAUCGAUAGAGAUAUGUGUCGCCAUAUCUUUAAUUACAAAAUCUAACCUUUAACCCCCGAAGCUUUUCGCAUUGUUUAGCAUUUAUGUACAAUUUAUUUGUUUUAUAUUUUUUACUUUUUCAUUUAUUAUUACUAUUUUUAUUUCUAGUUUUUUUCCCGGGGGGUGGGUGGGGGGAAGUGGGGGGGGGGAGGUGGCCUGCUCUAGUGUGCGGGUUUUUUUUAAAACAAUUCUGGAAAUAGUCUUCCACAACAAUUUAAACUGUUUGGGAAAAACUGUCCUUCAUCUCUGACAUGUUCUACUCUGACAUUCAAGACUGCUUCUCUUUUUCAAUUAGGUCAAACGUAUUUUGCAUUAUGCAUGUCUAAAGACUUUAACAUUGUUGUAUAAUGUUUGUGUUGGGUUGUGCAAUAUAGGUGCAUAAUUUUAAGGAGAAGAUUUAAGCUUAGUAUAAUAUACUCGUGCCAUUUCACUGCGCCACUGAGUUUCCCGUCUUUUCACAACAAAACAAUCUUUAAAAAUGGCAACAAACUAAAACUUAGGUGAUUGUGAAUGUUGAAUUCGUUUUGCUGUUGUUAAAUAACAGACAUUCAUUAAACAACAAGGUGGAAUGUCUUCAUAUGUUGUUGUACGAGUUUGAUCUCAUCAUACUUAAAAUGACGUGAUACAACUUUACAUUGCCAACAUUAUUAAGCGGUCCAGCAUUACUAUGGACGGGUAAGCCAGCCUCAGUGAGCAGUUUUCGAAGAGCGCCACUUUGAGCCCAUUUCGUAUACUUUAAAUGGCUUAUGGGUUUGUCCAUUCUGCGUAGUAUUUCGAUUGCCUUCACCGAGGGACGGGCGACAAAGUCAAGGAGAGCCCCCUCCCCCACCCCCGGCGUAACAAACUCUCGUUCUACUUUGGCUUCAUACCAAGCUUGUAUUAAUAGGUUACGAACACGCGAUACAUCAAGAAAACAAGAAUAAUAUCAUGUACUUGGAGUUACUUGUAAUAUAAGUUUAUAAACAAAAAGUUUAUCUAAAAUCCUGAUUGUGAUGGUUGUGAAUGGACACCACUCCCAAAACAAUUCUGACUAUUUUUAUAAAUAAGAAAUAGCGUGUCAGUAAAAUUCCCAAACAUAUUAUAGAUCUAUAGACUGCAACAAAACCCGUUGAUAAUUGUUUAAAGUGUAUCACUGGGACGACCCCGUUCGAUUUAAAGCAACAAAAAAUACAGUACACAAUGUAGGGAAAAUCCUGAUGAUUGUUCCCUUGACCUGCGACACACAGUGUGCAUUAUUACUUUCUUCUACAGUUUUAAACGAGUCGUCUUCUAUACCCGAUACAAUCCGAGUGUGUGGCAAUGGGUAUUCCAUCAGUUCAAAGUUGACAAUAUUCCGCUGUAUACUUGAGUUUUCAUCAGUUCAAAGUUGACAAUAUUCCCUUGUAUACUUAAAUAUUCCCUCCCCCCCCCCCCCCCGUUUAAAUUUGACAAUAUUGCCUUGUAUACUUGAGUCUCUCCUCAUUUAAAAGUUAACAUUAUUCCGUUGUAUAACAGAGUAUUCAAUUUUCUAAAAGUUGACAAUGUUCACCUGUAUACAUAAGCAUUUCAUCUGCUAAAAUUUGAUAAUGUUCACUUGUGUAAUUCUUUCUUUCUUACUCCUCUUUAGAAAAACACUUCCGCUUUAAGGUAGUUCGCGGGUUACUGGUGUCCGGGCUUAUCACUGGUGUCUGUGGUUUUAUCACUGCCCUCGGCUUUGUCGUAGAUGCCGUCAGGAGUAAAGGUGUCAGCAGCCUGACACUUUUGCGAGCUUCAAUGGUUCUCAACCCAAUAGCUGGUAAGAAGACAUUCUUUACACUUUACUGUUCAUGAAAUGAAAUUAGCCAAAUAAAUACGCUUCUAUAUUCUAUGUCAUGUUACUUAUCCUUGAUCUCUUCUGUCUGCUCUCUCCAAUCGCAGGACUCUAAAAUCUAAACAAUUUAAUACACAUCCUCUUGCGGGGUUCUACAAUCUCCACAGUUUAAUAGAUGUCAUCUUUCAGGGCCCUAGAAUCUUUUUAAAUAAGCAUGUGUAUUUGUAUUAAAUAGGUAACAGUUGUAUCAAUAUUUUUUGGCAGGAUGUAUCACAAUUAUAGGGGCUGUGGUUUUCGCAUCGACCAUUUACAUAAGAGCACUACAGUUAUCAGCCACGAAACUUGAUUACUCUUUCGGGCUGGCAGUCGCUGGAGGCGGAACCUCCAUCAUCUCUGCAAUGCUAGUGUACACAGGUGGACCCAGGAAAGUCACUAUAGCCUUCCGUGAUGCAGUGAGCUCAAGACGAGCCAUUCUUUUAGCCUCAGUCCCACAGCCGCCUGCAUAUUCGUCACCGUUACAGCACGUCGUGGGUCCACCGCCCCCCUAUGACCUGCAGAAGUCGCUGGUACCCCCAGCUUACGACGACGCCCCUCUACUGCCACCACCGUAUUACUCCAUAUUUGAUCAAAGAAACCUUGCGCCCCCUUGAUUGGAAUACGACGUCAUUUAUGCUGGCACAUUCCAGGGGAAUAACUCAGUGCACAAUGGGAUCUUGUUUCGGCAAAAUGUGCUGACUACAUAAUUGUAUCCAACCCAACAAGUACGUACUCAAGUCAACUACAUACAUUGCAUCCAACCCAACAAGUACGUACACAAGUCAACUACAUAAUUGUAUCCAACCCAACAAGUACGUACACAAGUCAACUAAAUACAUUGUAUCCAACCCAACAAGUACGUACACAAGUAAACUACAUAAAUGUAUCCAACCCAACAAGUACGUACACAAGUCAACUACAUACAUUGUAUCCAACCCAACAAGUACGUACACAAGUCAACUACAUACAUUGUAUCCAACCCAACAAGUACGUACAAAAGUCAACUAAAUGCAUUGUAUCCAACCCAACAAGUACGUACAAAGGUCAACUAAAUACAAGGAUACUUUUAUGAAAUCCAACAAGUAUGUACUAAAGUCAAGACAAAAAGAAGAACAUGCUACACAAGAUUAAACAAGAGAGUCAAUUAUCAAGUAAUUUACUUAAUGAUAUGCACUUUACAUGGAACAUGGACGGAUGAAUGAAGGCUAAAUCUUUCAUUUUAAAACACUACGAGAAUGAAUAUUAGAGUGACAGUUUUUUAUAUUGUUAAAUGUCUCUAGUUUUUGUUGAUAUUUUCAUAAUGUUUAAAUGUCUCUGUUUAAUGAUCAUAUUUUCAUAAUGUUUAAAUGUAUGUGUUUAAUGUUGCCAUUUUCAUAAUGUUUGAAUGUCUCUGUUUAAUGUUGAUUAUUUCAUAAAGUUUAAAUGUCCCUGUUUAAUGUUGAUAUUUUCAUAAUUUUUAAGUAAAUGUCUCUGUUUUUAUGGUGAUAUUUUUCUUUCAGGGGAAUCAACUUAAUUAAUUAUAAGUUGAUUAAGUUUCAUGUCGGCGGGGAAUGAAUAAAUAAAAGUUUCCUUCAAAAGUAUUUAUUUUAAUUGUCACAGAUUUUGGAUUCAGAAAACCUGUAUUACGCGUUUAAGAAAUUAAAUGCUUGAUUAGAUGAAGAUCUUUACCAUAUAUUAGGCUACUAGUUUAUGUGGAAUAUGGUUUGAAAUUUGCGUUAAAACAUUUAGCUAAAUCUUUGUAUAUAUGAGUUUGUAUAUUUUGUGUGUAUUUCUAUGUGUGUUUGUGUAAAACAAAACAAAAAAAAGCAUUGAAAAGUGAUAGUAAUAUUUUAGCCUAAUAAAUCAUAUAAUUUUAAAAACGAAAAUUAUGAUAUAUAAUACAUUUUACGAAUGAUAUGUGAAAAGCAUUUUGUUAAUGGUCCAUGAAAUUUAAAAUCAUACUUAAAAAAAUUAAUAAAGUAUUAUUA